CAUACGAGCCCCCACUUUUUAACGCUAUUCCCGCGGAGUUGCUGGAUCAGCGGCUGGCGGCGGCGGGCGGCGUCCCCUCACCAGGCGAGGGCGGGACGACGAUGAGUGAGCAAAAGGCGUGCGAACUCCCGAAGCGGCGCAGGCCUCGUGCUGUUGGCUGGCACCGGGCCGCGGCUGCUACUCAGGCGCCGUCCUCCCGCCGUUGUUGCCGGCCCGCCUUGCUUUGCUGCAAGACGCCGGGCUCCAGACGCGAGGCACGAGGCGCGCUCAUGAGCGCCUUUCUGCCGGCGCUUGGCUUGAUCCACCGCCAGCCCGGAAGCGACCCGGCUCCGUAGAAUGGGGCAGGCAUGAGCCGCUAUGGUGAGGAGGACCGGCUCAAAAUGUCUUUCAAGAAGGAGACACCAUUGGCAAAUGCUGCAUUUUGGGCUGCGAGGAAAGGAAACUUGGCCCUCCUUCAGCUAUUGUUGAAUAGUGGGCGUGUCGACGUGGACUGCAAAGACAGUCUUGGUUCAACAGCUCUUAUGGUAGCAUCGUACUAUGGCCACAAAGACUGUGUGCGAGAAUUAGUGCUACAAGGAGCGGACAUUAAUCUUCAGCGAGAGUCUGGUGCUACUGCUCUGUUCUUUGCUGCACAACAAGGCCACAAUGAUAUUGUGAAGUUUCUCUUUGAGUAUGGCGCCUCCACAGAGUUCAAAACCAAAGACGGAGGCACUGCUUUAUUAGCUGCUUGCCAGUAUGGGCACAUGAAAGUAGUGGAAACUUUACUGAAACAUGGGGCCAACAUCCAUGAUCAGCUUUAUGAUGGAGCUACUGCCCUUUUUCUAGCUGCUCAAGGAGGCUAUCUGGAUUUAAUUCGGUUAUUAUUGUCAUCAGGCGCAAAGGUCAACCAGCCAAGGCAGGAUGGGACAGCUCCGUUAUGGAUAGCCUCUCAGAUGGGUCACAGUGAUGUAGUACGAGUAAUGCUGCUCCGAGGAGCAGACCGAGAUGCUACAAGAAAUGAUGGCACAACUGCUUUACUUAAAGCUGCAAACAAAGGAUAUAGUGAUGUUAUAGAGGAAUUACUGAAAUUUUCACCCUCACUUGACUUAUUGAAAAAUGGGACAUCGGCUCUUCAUGAAGCAGUUGUUGGUGGCAGUGUAAAAGUUGUAGCAUUACUCUUGGAAGCAGGAGCAGAUCCAUUCCUUAGAAACAAGAAGAAUGAACUGCCUUCAGACCUGACAAAAAAUGAGCGGAUCCUACAGCUCCUGCAAUCAAAAGGGAAACAGAGAAAGACCUAAUACGCCUUUCUAUCUUGACAGAGAGCUGAAGAGCCCUCCAUAGUGGCCCUGAAGGCUAGUAUUCUGCAGAAUUGGAAUUGUUUUGCUGAGACUCAAGCAUGUCCUGGUUCCUUCUUUGUGAACCCCGUCAGAAUACUUCAUGGAGUGGCACUGCAAAGGUUUUACACCACUAAGCUCAUCAGGGUUUUUUUGUUACUAGCUUCAGUGCGGAAAAGAUCGGGUCUUCUAUGAGUACGUAGCUUUCCUCAAUAACUGCCUUUACUGCAGCAGAGAAGUGCCCUUCUUGGCUGUAGUGUUCUCUGUUCCUUGAUGCAAACCUCCUGAUAUUUCUAAAACGUUGCACAAUCCUUUCCAGCUAUGUUGUGGAUAUCAGAAGCUCUAAACAUUUAUGUUUUUUUUUCUUUUAAAAAACACACACACAGUGCUGUCUAUGGCUAGUUUGGUGUGAAUUACUCUUGUGCCCUGCAGGUGGUUUGGUCUCUGGUAACACUUCGGGCCUCCUUGUAGCAACUACUCUGACUGCCUUUUUUUGCACAUUGAUAUCAUAAAGGUUUGCAAUAAAAAGUGGGGUAAACUGUUAACUUGCAGCACUUCCUUAUAGGCUAGCCACUUACACAUCACUUUAGAAAAGGGAGAGCACAAGAAGACACUUGCAUAUAUUAUAUUAUGUAUCUAUAGGUAUAAAUUUUGAAACUGUUACUGUAAUUUCAAUAGAAAUACAAUACCUCUUGCCAUGGGGACAGUGACAAACAAGGUGACUUGUGUGUACCUGUUCAGCCUGCUGUCCUGGUGCUAAAUGCUGGUGGGCACCUUCAAGGCCUUUGCUGUCCUGUCCCUUUAAAUUGGACUUCAUUUUUGAACAAAGGAUGCCUACAAACAGAGGACCAUCCUUAGUAAAGUUGAACACCUGGCCACCUGAUGUCCUUGCUAAGUCACCUCACUGCUGCAGUAUUGUCAUCAUAAAGUGAUGAUAUAUGUACUAGUAUUCUCUAAUGCUGAGAUCUCAUUUAUAAAUUAUUUCUUAUGCCUUGUGGUUAUCUCUUUGCAGAUUGCUCAUUAUCAUACCAAUUUAUCAAGGCUUUCCACAUACCAUACUUAUUUAAGUUUAGGUAUUAUACACUGUUCUUCGGAGUAUUUAUUUAGAGCAGUUUAUAUCCAGGAACAACAAUGUGUGGUUUAGCCAUGAGUCACUUUUAGUUGGGAUUAUAAUGUUUGGAUUUAAUCCUCAUUAUUUAAAAUUAUUCCAAGUUUUCAGGAUUAGGAUUGUUCUUUUCAAGCACUGGCUGCUGAGAAAAGAAAAAGUGAACUACUAGAAUGGAAUAAAGUUGUGUGUGCCAUCUCUGUUGAUACCUGCAGGACAUCCUAAGAACAAAGUGGAUACUACUUUUUUUAAAAAAAUAGAAAGCUGCAGUCAAUUAAGUAGAUUCUUUUUGGAUUAAAUCAUCAAGGUUUGGAAAAAUUAUUAGAAUUUCCAGAAUCCCCUAGCCAGCAUGGGAGUGUAGGAGUUGUAUUCCAAAAAAGUAACUUUUCUAGGCUAACCUGUUUUCUUUCCACUUGUGGCGAGUCAUGUGCUUCCUGAAAGCCCAAGAGCAUUGCUGGAAGACAACAGUAAGUUCUCAUUGUCCCCACUGACACUACUACUUAGGUUCUGCUUAGCAGUAACCACCAAGAACCAUUGAAAGCCCUGUUUCCCAUGAAUCUAUCUCUCUUCUCAAAGCUGCAUCAGUGGCCAUACUGUGUCUUGUAACAAUGAUAAUUAUGUAAAUAAAUAUUUAAUUAUAUCUGUCCUGAAUCUAUUGUCCAUCCAUCCAUUUCAGUGGGUGAAAUGGAGUUCUUGUGUUUUGAUAGACAACAUAACCACCCUAAUACACAAACCUCAUUUCCUCAUAUAGAACUGUGCCAGUCCUUUGAUCAUUUUUGCUCAACUUUCCCAGCUCUAUGUGGGAUGAUCAGAACUUUACAGUGUUCCAAAUGUGGUUGUAUGUAGAUUUACCAACAAGGAAAAAAAAUACAACAGCAGAAGUUUAAUUUUGUACUUCUGUAAUGAUUUCUA